UGCCAUAACGUUUGGAUGAUGCCUUAUUGAGUGCAGUGACUCUCGCUCAACUGUGGGGGUCGCACACCGGCUUUUCUGCAAACAUGGCUGCUCAGGAUGAACUCAAUCAACUGGAACGUGUGUUCCUCCGCCUUGGCCAUGCAGAAACAGACGAACAGCUUCAAGACAUCAUCUCCAAGUUCCUGCCCCCUGUGCUCCUUAAACUCUCCAGCGUUCAGGAGGGUGUGCGAAAGAAAGUGAUGGAGCUGUUGGUCCACCUGAACAAGAGGAUAAAAAGCAGACCCAAGAUUCAGCUACCUGUAGAAACUUUGCUUGUUCAGUACCAAGACCCUGCAGCUGCUUCAUUUGUCACGAAUUUCACCAUCAUCUACAUCAAAAUGGGCUAUCCGCGUCUGGAAGUGGGAAAACAGUGCGAGUUGGCUCCCACUCUUCUCACUGCUAUGGAAGGCAAACCACAGCCACAACAGGACAGCCUGAUGCACCUGCUGAUCCCGACUCUUUACUAUAUGAAGUAUCCUGCAGACACAUCAAAGAUUGCUUUUCCAUUUAACUUAACUGAGCGGCCAAAGACAGUGCAGCUGCUGCUGGAGUUUAUGUUGGAUGUUUUACUGAUGCCUUAUGGGUUUGUGUUGAAUGAAUCCCCAACUCGCCCUGCACCCUCCUCAUCACAGGGAAGCACAGCUGAUGGGUCAGUGACCACAGGUGGCCAGGGUCUUCCCCAGCCACCUCCAGGAAUGAGUGUCUAUGCUGCAAAGAGGGUGAUUGGAGAGGCCCAGUGGAGCGCUGAGCAACUAGAGCAGUGUAAGCUGGGUAUAGUGAAGUUCAUUGAAGCAAAGCAAGUUCCUGAAGUGGAGACCGUAGUUCACCUGGUGGUGGCGUCCAGUGACACCCGACACAGCGUUGCCACUGCAGCAGAUCUGGAGCUGAAGAGCAAACAGAGCAUCAUCGAUUGGAAUAAUCCUCUAAUUAUUAACAAGAUGUACAAGGUGUAUCUUGGGGAUGUUCCCCUUAAAACAAAGGGUGGCAAUCUGAAGCAAGAGCUGAAGCAUGAGCCAGUGAGCACAAGAGUCAAACUAAAGAUCCUGCCACAUCUUUUAAGAUCACGCUUAGCUGCAGAGUGCUUUCCAGCUAAUAUUCAGGUUGUGUAUGACGGUUUGUUUGGAGCCAACACCAACAACAAACUGCUGUCUCUCACCUUGCAGUUUGUCCAUCACAUUUGCAUGGUGUGCCCUGACACUAAUAAGCCUUUGGGGCUAAUGCUGCUUAAUGGUCUUACCAAGCUCAUCAAUGAAUACAAGGAGGAUCCUAAGUUACUGUGUGUUGCCUACUCUGCAGUCGGAAAGCUGUCAAGUCGUAUGCCACAGCUGUUCACAAAGGAUAUUGCACUUGUGCAGCAGUUUUUUGAUUCCAUGUGUAAGGAGGAGCCUGAUGUUCGUUUAGCUAUUCAGGAAGCUUUGUCUAUGAUGGUUGGAGCUUAUGCUAACCUACAGGGGGCACUGCUUAACCUGAUGGAGGCCCUGGUUGCUGCAUACAUUGCAAAGCCGGAGGUACAGGUUCGCCAAGUAGCCAUGAAGUUUGCCAGCACGGUUUUUGCUCCUGAUCAUGUGCCAUCAAGAUAUCUGCUGCUGCUAGCUGCUGGAGACCAGAGGGAGGAGGUAGCAGGUGAAGCCCAGAAGGUGCUCAGGGGUUUUCCUACCAGGAGCUCAGAGAAGGAGGGACCAAAGCCUAUGCCCUCAUUUCCUGACAUGGUAGCCUAUGUCCAGGAGAAGGCGGCUCAGAGGAUCAAGACUCCAGCCAAGUACAUAGUUGGAACCUCCGUUAUUCCUUUCAAUCCUUCUGCAUUUGGGGAGAUCAUGCUUUACCUGAGGAUGUGUUUAGCACACAGUGCUGGGGCCCCGUCCAUGUCCACACGCUUGGUAGACAUGCAGGAUGAUGCUCCAGCCAUCGGUCGCUACGUCCACACACUACUGUCCUCUGAGCUGCAGUCUUCAGUGACGAAGUGGUCUGAGUCAAAUCCUGUUCAUGUCUACAUGGAUCUGUUACAGCAGCUGCUGUCUGCUGUAGGAGGAAUCCCAGUUAUGUACUGUCUACUGGAGGUUGUGUCUGUCUGCCCAGAGAAACUGGCUCCUAGAUUUGCUGAUAAAAUUGACUGGAUUAAAAGUCUGAUGAACACAAAUAAGGAGGACAUGAGGGAGCUGGCAGCGCAGCUGUAUGCUGUUGUGGUUUCCACCAUGAAGGGCAACGAACUUCAGACAGCCGUGCAGAACUUGGUCAAAAUCACUAAAGACAACCACAGUCCUGAAACACAACAUGGUGCCAUCAUGGCUCUUGGCUACAUGGUGGGACGGUACAUGAGCAAGAAGAAAUCCAGUGACAACAUGGGGCAGAAAAUGAACUUCCCCUCACAAGAAGAGGAUGCAAUUGUUUCCAUGGCUACCAAGACAGUUGGUUCCUUCCUGGACAGCAGUAGUGCUAUACUGGCAGUAGCAGCCUGUACAGCUUUGGGGGAAAUUGGUCGGAAUGGCAACUUGCUGAUCCCUCCAGAGGGUGAGGGCUUCACCAAACUCUCCAUUGUGGAGAACCUACUGGCCCGCAUCCCCUCUGGCAAGGAGAGCACAAAGAUGAAGGAGCGAUCAAUCCAGACCUUAGGUCACCUACCAGUGGGAGAUGGAGACUUCCCUCACCAGAAGAAACUGCUGCAGGGACUCAUGGAUUCUGUAGAGGCCAAACAGGUGGAGCUGCAGUUCACAGUAGGAGAAGCUAUCACCAGUGCAGCGAUCGGUACCAGCUCUGGAGCUGCCAGAGACCCUUGGACCUGCACUGAGGACCAAUACAAUCCACCCCACAACAUUAAAAACAAUGAUGUGGUUCCUUGGGUCCUCAACUCCGUCCUGUCCAAGUACAUACCCAGCCAGAACCCCCAUGUCCGACAGGCAGCCUGCAUCUGGCUGCUCUCCCUGGUCAAGAAACUCAGCCAAAACAAAGAAAUCACGUCCAAUUUAAAGGAGAUUCAGGUGGCAUUCAUCUCUGUUCUCUCAGACCAUGACGAGUUGAGUCAGGAUGUAGCGUCUAAAGGACUUGGUUUGGUCUAUGAAAUGGGAGGAGAAGCUGACCAGCACGAACUGGUGUCCACCCUAGUGGAAGCACUCAUGACAGGCAAAAGAGUGAAGCAUGCUGUCUCUGAAGACACAGAGGUGUUCCAAGGAGGUUUGGGUAAAACACCUGAUGGUCACAACCUGUCCACAUACAAAGAGCUCUGCUCAUUGGCCAGCGACCUGAACCAACCGGAUCUUGUUUACAAGUUCAUGAACUUAGCUAAUCACCACGCCAUGUGGAACUCCCGCAAGGGAGCAGCUUUUGGGUUCCACAUGAUCGCUAACAAGGCCGGGGAGCAGCUGGCUCCGUUCCUGCCGCAGCUUGUGCCUCGCCUGUAUCGCUACCAGUUUGACCCUAACCUGAGCAUUCGCCAGGCCAUGACGAGCAUCUGGGAUGCACUGGUCACUGAUAAGACCCUGGUUGAUAAGUAUCUCAAGGAAAUUCUGCAGGAUGUAAUUACUAACUUGACCAGUAACCACUGGAGAGUCCGUGAGUCCAGCUGCCUGGCCCUAAAUGACCUGAUUCGUGGCCGUCAAGCUGAUGACCUCAUUGACCAUCUUGCCGAAAUGUGGGAAACACUUUUCAGAGUGCUUGAUGACAUCAAGGAAUCUGUGAGGAAGGCUGCAGACCUAACACUGAAAACACUCAGUAAAGUGUGCACUCGUAUGUGUGAAUCAACAGGCUCUGCAGCCCAGAGAACCGUGGCAGUGCUGUUGCCUACUCUGCUAGAAAGGGGCAUCGUUAGCAACGUCUCAGAGGUCCGAUCUCUCAGUAUCCAGACCCUGGUGAAGAUCAGCAAGACCGCUGGUGCCCGACUGAAGCCUCAUGCUUCCCGACUCAUCCCAGCUCUACUGGAGGCUCUCAGUACCCUGGAGCCUCAGGUCCUCAACUACCUUAGUCUCAGAGCCACAGAGCAGGAAAAGAGUGCCAUGGAUGCUGCCAGACUAAGUGCUGCCAAGUCCUCUCCAAUGAUGGAGACUAUUAACAUGUGUCUGCAGCACCUCGAUGUUUCUGUGUUGGGCGAGCUGGUUCCUCGCCUCUGUGAGCUGCUUAAGAGCGGAGUAGGCUUGGGCACCAAGGGUGGCUGUGCAAGUGUCAUAGUUUCACUCACAGUGCAGUGUCCUCAAGACCUCACUCCAUAUUCAGCUAAACUGAUGAGCGCCCUGCUGAAUGGCAUCCAUGACAGAAGUACCGUAGUCCAGAAAGCAUUUGCCUUUGCUCUGGGCCACCUAGUCAGGACGGCAAAAGACAGCAGUGUGGAGAAACUACUACUGAAACUCAACAUCUGGUAUUUGGAGAAAGAAGAGCCGGUGUUUAAGUCCUCGUGUGCGUUGAUCAUGCAUGCCAUCAGCCACUACAGUCCUGAUGUGCUGAAGGGCCAUGCAGGAGUGGCUCUGCCGCUGGCCUUCCUCGGCAUGCAUCAGGCGCCAGGUCCUGAUGAGGAGAAAGGAGAGAGCCACGAUGCCACGCUGUGGGCUGAGGUGUGGCAGGAGAACGUUCCAGGAAGCUUUGGAGGCAUCAGACUUUACAUGACUGAGCUGAUCACCAUUACACAGAAAGCUCUGCAGUCCCAGUCCUGGAAGAUGAAGGCUCAGGGUGCAGCUGCCAUGGCAACCGUCGCUAAGGAACAGAUGGGCUCAUUGGUGGCGCCACACCUAGGUCUGGUGCUAACGGCUUUAAUGCAGGGACUAUCCGGACGCACAUGGGCGGGCAAGGAGGAGCUGUUGAAAGCAAUCGGAUCAGUGGUGUCUAAAUGCAGUGGUGAGCUACAGAAGCCGUGCUCGGGUCAGCCCACCAUCUCUGAGGUGCUGGAGGUCGUGUUGAAAGAAUGUCGCAAGGAGAGCCAGGUUUACAAAAUGGCCGCUCUGCGUUGUGCUGGAGACGUGCUCCACAGCAGUCAAGAGGACCGCUUUAGCGACAUGGCGGAGAUCCUUGUCCCUAUGAUCAAGAAGAGCUGCCCAGAGAGUGGUGGUGGGUCCAAGCGGUCACUGCAGGAGGACGACGACGACACAGACGGGAAGGAGAAAGAGAUGCAGACGGAAGCUUUGCUCUGUGCUUUGGAGACUCUUGGAAAGGCUUGGCCCAGGACCCCACAGACCCAGGCUCGUUUCCAGGUGGAGGUGUGUCGUCUAAUGUGUGAAAAGCUCAAACGAAGCACUUGGAAAGUGCAGUUGGCUGUUCUACAGUCAAUGAAAGCGUACUUUCAAGGGUUGCUGCUGUUGGAGAAGGGCAGUCAAGAUUUCAACACUCUGUCACAGAUCCUCACAGAGACGUGUGCUGGCCUCACAUUCCCUUUAGAAAACAAAAGUUACUCGUCUGUGAGGACAGAGGCCCUGUCAGUUGUGGAUCUGAUCGUGAAGAGAACUGGAGAGAGCGAACAAUGGGACUGCGUGUCUGUGAAGAGCCGCGAGCAGCUGCAGCGCUCGCUGUCGACGCUGCAGUCGGACAACAGACCCGACCUGAGGGACAAAGCCCAGGAGCUACGUCGACACAUCCAGAGUCAACCUUGAACACGGGUGCUCCACAAGUCGGCCGAAUACAUGUGUACAUCUACAAACGGAAUACAACCAAGAUAACAGCGCAUUAACUUCUCUACAAUUCUUCGCACAUAAUACAAGUCCUUCGUAUCCGCACUCGUCUGUGUGAGCUGUUAACUAAAGCAGUUCUUCUCUUAACGCAGAUAUUCAUGUCAAAUAUUCAUAUUACCUGUGGGUUUUGAAGCUGGUGUGUGUAAGACAGUGCUCCAGUCAAGCUGAACAACUAACUAGUGUCUGUGGUUUUACGAUACUGUUAGUUUUACUCCAAUAACUCGACUUGCCAUGCGUCUGAUCAGUGACAGUGAUGAAGGGUCAAGACCGUUAUUGUAAUUUGUCAAGUUUUAUUUGGUUCAUUUCUAUGGACAGUAAGAUGCUGGUAAUAAAUGCUAUAUAAACCAAUCUGUUAGGUUUGUGGACACUGUAUACCUUUAGCCCCAAAAUGGGGACUUUUACUACUGUUGUGGGUUUGCCUACUCACUUAAUAUCAGAGGAGCAGUGGGUUGUUCUCCUUGGCUAGCACAGGAUGACUUGCCAGCUCUUGUUCAGUCUUUGAGCAUGUCCUGAAGAUGAUGUUUUUCUGUUUCUGCUGUUUGCAUGGUGAUUUAAGCAGGAGUGAAGCUUAUUUUGUGAAAUUAGUAAAGAAAAAAAAAGUAAUAAAUAAAACCUGCUGUUGAAUUCAAAAUUAUACUGUCGCUGUUUGAAAUUGUCCCUGAUGAAAUAAAACUACCUUGGUCAUUUGGAA